CCUAAUGGCCAGAGGAUCAGUGAUAGAUAGAUAGAAAUGGAGGGGAAAAUACCCUCUAGAGGAAAACAUUUGUUUCAGUGACUUUAGAAAGCCAACAUUUACUGCCUUCUUGUCCCACACCAAGGGAAGACAUGGAGACACCUUUGAUCUUCUUCUUCUGUCUGCUUGCUGGUGUUCAUCCUGUGGAGUCUGUAAUCCUGGUGACUCGAUAUGUAGGCCAAUCAGCAGUAAUCAGAUGUUCCUAUGAUAAACAAUAUGGAAGCAAGUCCAAGUACCUCUGCAGGGGAGAGUGUCCUGUCAUUGGAGGUAAAGACAUUCCAAUCAGUACUGAAGCAGGUCAGACCAAAGCAAUCAAAGGGAGGUUCUCUCUGCAUGAUGACACCACUGCUGGAGUCUUCACUGUGACCAUCACUGGACUGACUGAAGGGGAUUCUGGGCAGUACUGGUGUGGAGUUAAAACUAGAUUUGCAAAAUAUGAUCAGUACACUGAGGUGGAAUUGAAGGUACAAAAAGUCCUUCCUCCCUCCCGAAACUCAACCUUUAUGCCCUCCACUGAGGACCACACCCAUUCAUCUUCAACUUUGACCUCCAACACCUCCCAAACCCAGCAUGUAUUUGACACAACCAUCAGUGAUAAUGCUUCUAAAGACCAGCUAACUGCUGCUGACCUUCAGGAGAAACCAGAAGACUCUGUUGUCAUAGUGAUCAUGUGCUUGCUGGUGCUGCUGCUUAUGGUGUGUGGGUUAGUUUCAGCCCUCUUCUACAGACAGAGGAGGAGGAAGCUGACACCAGAAUGCGGCUCAUCCGACCUCCACAACAGUGAUCAUGCGGGGGAGGUCAGUGACUAUGAGAGGACUGAUGAGCUGGGCAGCAUUCCGGCGGCCAGGGCAUCAGUCAGCAGCGUCUACUGCCUUGCAGGUGCACCUCAGCGACCCUCAGUGAUCUCACUGUACUCCACUAUCAAGCAUGUCAAACAAGGCUCAGACCAGCCCAUCUACUGUAACUCAAAGCAGGAAGAUGUCAUCUACUCCAAUGUAAUUCCGCCUCAAGUAACUACAUCCCCCACAAUGCAGUAUAGACCACAGCUGACUAAGCCGCUAGCAGCAGCAGGCAGAGGGGUUUCACAAAUAGGUAGAUGGAUCAAUAGAUGGAUCUGGAGGGGUGAGGUGUUUCACUCUGUGACUUUAAGAAGGCCAGAAGUUACAGUGUCACUUUUUAUUCAUCAAGACAUGAAGACACCUUUGAUCCUCUUCUAUGGUCUGCUUGCUGGUGUUUAUCCUGUCGAGUCUGUGAUCACGGUGACUGGAUAUGUAGGCCGAUCAGUAGGGAUCAGAUGCCCCUAUGAUAGAGGAUAUGAUGGAUACUCCAAGUACCUCUGCAAAGGAACAUGUCCUCGCAUGGGAGGUAAAGACAUUCCAAUCAGGACUGAAGCAGAUCAGACCAAAGCAAUCAAUGGCAGAUUCUCUCUGCAUGAUAAAACCACUGCUGGAGUCUUCACUGUGACCAUCACUGGACUGAGUGCAGAGGAUUCUGGACAGUACUGGUGUGGAGUUAAAACAGGGUUUGGGAGAUAUGAUGUGUUGACUGAGCUGAAGUUGGAUGUCUUGCCAGUUCCACCUCUCUCUCCAAAGUCAACCACCACUGAGGACCACACUCUCUCAUCUUCCUCUUCAUCUGGUCCAACAGUCAACACCUCCCAAUUUGACCUGCAGCCAAGCACUGGUAGCUCUACCACUGCAUGCCCGUGGGCAGCUGGCGAGACCCCAGAGCCUCCGGAGGGCCGUGUGUCGUCCCCUGUCGUGCUGAUCCUUUGUGUAGUUGGGCUGCUGGCCGUGGCCCUGGUGUGUGGGUUGGCCUACAGACUGAGGGGGAAGAAGUCAAAAGGAAACGUCCCACCCCGUCCUCAAAACGGUGGCCUGGCAGAGGAGCCCAAUGACUAUGAGAUGACUGAGGAGCCGGGGAGCGCCCCAGAGCCCAGGCAGUCGGUCAGCACCCUCUACUGCCUUGCAGACACACCUCUCCGACCCUCAGGGAUCACUACUGGCAGGCCAGUCAGGAAAACUCCGGAGCUGCCCAUCUACUUUAACUCUGAGGAAGAUACUGGCUUUCCCAUUUACGCCAAUGCCACAGCCUGAAGAGACUACAUCCCCCAUAAUGCACCAUUCCCAUGUGAAGAGCUCUGCUGACAAUCCUAGUGCAUUACAUAUGUUUGUAAAUUAUUUUGUAAAUUAUGCCAACAAAAGUACAGAGUACUGUUUCUAGUGUCUAAUAUAACAAUGAUACCUCGAUUAUGGAGUCCUCUGUGACUGCUUAGGAUGAUGAUGUAUUUAUUCAUGAUUAGAAAACGGGAAAAAGUGGCUUAUAUUACUGUUGUAAUGAGGUGAUUUUUGUGUUCAUACUUUUGGAAAGAGCUCACUAAUAAUCAAGUUAAUCUAAACAUCAUCAUUAAAAAAAACGAUUUGCAGUUUCCCAACCUGUAUGUUUGUCCAUGAAGUCCUUAAGUAAAGAUCCAGAAGAAAAUGGCCAAGUUUAAACAUUUG